AUGAAAUGUAUUUUGUGUAUUUGAAUCAUGCACAUAAACAACCGAAAUGUAAUAUGUGUCUUUCAACACUAUGGGGCUCUAGGUUCUUGCAGCUUAAAAAAAAUGUACCUGAUAGUGGAGUUCAUUCACGAAGGGAGUACCGGACCUGUCGCAAAGUCUUGGUACUCAGAGGGUCACUCGUGGUGGCCUCCAUACAAGGAGAUAGACAGGGUGUUGAAGAGUGUCCGGUUGAUGGAGGCACCACAACCAGAUAAAGGUUGGACCAAGCAUCAGGCCAGAAUUCUACACGAGUCAGCAUCUUUUGACAAGAUUUCAAAGAAAUGGAAACAGGCAUGCUACACAUCUGACAUCUCGGAAUCUGAAAUGCCUGCAAAAAGAAUUCCGAAAAAGAAAAUAUACACAUCAGAUGAUGAGCCUUGCGAUACUCCCCACAAAAAAAAGAAACUAAAUAAAGAAAAAAGUCUACCAACACCAAGGGUCCCACCUGCACCAAAAGCUCCAACACCCCCAAGACAUAUCAGGGCAAAAGGUCCCCUUGUACGACCUCAGCUAACAUCAUGUAAAACAAUUAACAGUUUUUGCAAUUCAUUUGUCCGCGACCAACAAAAAGCUACAGAAAAGCAACAGCAGGCCUGUUUUGAAACUCCCUCCACUAGUCAAGUUUCAGCUCCAGACGUACCUGUGAGGUUCUGCCAGGAAGUGGAGCACCAAGACACUUGGGAUAAACCCCAACCUGAAAAUCAAGAGGACACAUUUUCUGUGCUGCGGCCUUUACAAGACAGAGCACCACACAACACAUACUCUGUCCAAGAUCCAAAGCCAUCAGCAGAUCAAAGAAAAAUGCUGACACCAGUUUUUCCAAUAAGCAUGUCCCAUGUAAAUGAGCAAGAAGAUGCUUGGGGGGACCACCCAUCGAGCUAUCGAGAAGACACAACUUCUGAGCUGAGACCUUCAAGUACCCAGGCAAGAGCGAAGAAUGCUUCUGGUAUCAGCCGAUGGAGCUGCAUCUCCAGUCAAUGCACACCUGUGGAGUCCCUUGCAGCUGUGGUCCAGUCCCUUGCCCCUCGGUCAAGUGGUCAAAUGGAGGUGGACACUGAGGAUGACACCUUUCCUAUUGAAACAAUUGAGGACCUUGAACAACUGGAAAGGCAAUUAGCUGAAAAACCAAUGAUGGAGAAGAUGAUGAAGAGGUUAUCCAUCAGAGGAGGACAAACUCUGAAAAAAACCAUUUGGCGUGUAGCCUCCAAAGUGUUUGGUCCAGUGGCCAAACAGCUCAACUGGUGUGGAAGAGGAGAUAAAAGAGGCCUAAAAAACACAAAUAUUGGGACACUUGUGAUAGGUGCAGCUAUGAGGAACCCCGUGCUUCCGUCUCCAACAGAGGCAGAAGCCGAAAAAUAUUUGAAAGACUUUCUCCGCUUGGCCCCAGGAAGAAUGGCCUCUUAAGCCAGUUGUUUUUUAUUUAUUUAUUUAUUUGCUGCUAUUUGGUUUUGUUUGCUUCAAAAAAUAUGAAUUCUAAUCAAUUAUAAUAUAAUAAAAUUCUACAAAUAAUUCUUCAGCCGUUGUGUUUUUCAUUUUGAGUGGAUAUACUUUAGCUUAUUAUAUAUGUGAAGACGGAUGUAUAAUCAGAGUACCUGUAACUGUUAUUUAUAGCAGUAUGAAUGAAGGAAUGUCUAAAUAAACAACUAAAAAAACGAUGUCUAUGCUACAUAAAUAAGAUGUCUCACAGACCUAACAUUCUAAAAAUGAACAUCUGUAAUGCAUUGCAUAGACGUUGUUUGAAUGUAUGACAAGGACGUCUAUGCGACGUUUUCCAGAUGAGUAAACGCCCUGAAUAAGACGUCUCCCAGAUGAAAACGUGGAUGUCCAGCAGACGUCUCUGCGACGCAUGUGUGCUAUCUGGGAACAUCCUUUAAUGUGGAUUUCCCUGAAAAUGAAAUACUGCUUUCACUGCCUUCUUAAAUUACCUAAGGUAUUUCAGUUCCUGCAUAAUGUGAAGAUACAUUCAUUGAGUUUAUUCUUUCCUUAUGUUUUCUUCAUUUUUUUCCGCAGGAACCUGCUGGUAUCCUGUAGGAAUUAUGAAAUCCUGCAGGACAAAAUGUCAAUAUGUGCAGGCAAUUCCUACAGGUUUUAGAAUCAUGCAGUACUUUUUACAGGAAUCCUGAAGGAUCUAUUUUUCCCCCUGCAGGAUAGCUGCAGUACUGCAGGAAUUAUAAAAUCCUGUAGGACACAUUGACGAUAUGUGCAGGAAUUUCUUACAGGUUUCACAAUGGAUACAAGCAAGUGACAAAUCCUGCAGGAGUUAUUUGGUGAAAAUGGAAAGAAAGAAAGAAAUUCUGUCACUUGCUGUUAGCAAUACAGUGUGAGUUCUAACAGAUAAACAAUACAACAAACAAAAACUUAAUAAAUACAGAAAUAAAUAAAAGUAUUUGAAUACAUUAUAGACAAUUAUAGAAAUCAACCAUUAGUAUAAACCAUUUAAAUUAUGCAUUUGCAUUUUACUUUUAUUUCUAUACUUCUUUAUAUAAUUUAUUAAAAUGUCAAUCCAGCAACAAUCUAUUUUAAUUCAACUCCCAUCAGUUUCGUUGGAUGCAAAAAAAAAAAAAAAAAAAAAA